CGCUCGAUCACUCGCUUCCAAGUAAGUUGGCAUGGAGGUGGACGCCGCCGCCGACUACGACGAGGUGGUCCCGGAGGCGCCGGAGCGCUCCGUCGUCCUCAUCUCCGCCGGCGCCAGCCACUCCGUCGCCCUGCUCACCGGCGGGGUGGUGUGCUCUUGGGGGCGCGGCGAGGACGGGCAGCUCGGGCACGGCGACGCGGAGGACCGGCCGGCGCCGACGGCGCUGACGGCGGCCUUCGCCGCCCCGGGCAUUGUCUCCGUCAUCUGCGGCGCCGACCACACCACCGCCUACUGCGACGAGGAGCUGCAGCUCUACAGCUGGGGGUGGGGCGACUUCGGGAGGCUCGGCCACGGCAACUCCAGCGACGUGUUCAACCCGCAGCCCAUCCAGGCGCUCCAGGGCGUCCGGGUCGCCCAGAUCGCCUGCGGCGACAGCCACUGCCUCGCCGUCACCGUCGCCGGCCAUGUCCACAGCUGGGGACGCAACCAAAAUGGCCAGCUUGGGCUUGGCAACACCGACGACUCCUUGAUCCCACAAAAGAUUCAAGCUUUUGAGGGUGUCCGUGUAAAAAUGAUUGCUGCUGGUGCUGAGCACACUGCUGCUGUAACAGAAGACGGUGAUCUUUAUGGAUGGGGUUGGGGUCGGUAUGGCAACUUGGGACUUGGCGAUCGCGAUGACCGCCUUAUCCCAGAGAAAGUUUCUUCCGUGGAGGGUCAAAAGAUGGUGCUUGUUGCAUGCGGAUGGCGCCAUACCAUCACCGUGUCCUCCUCCGGUAGCAUCUACACAUAUGGAUGGAGCAAGUAUGGGCAGCUAGGGCAUGGUGAUUUUGAGGAUCACCUAGUUCCACACAAGUUGGAAGCAUUGAAGGAUACUACCAUAUCUCAGAUUUCAGGUGGAUGGAGGCAUACAAUGGCACUUGCAGCAGAUGGGAAACUUUAUGGAUGGGGGUGGAACAAGUUUGGGCAGGUCGGUGUUGGCGAUAAUGAAGAUCACUGCUCCCCGGUGCAUGUCAAUUUUCCAAACGGACAGAAAAUUGUUCAAGUUGCUUGUGGAUGGAGGCACACUCUUGCUCUUACAGAAACUAAGAAUGUUUUCUCAUGGGGAAGGGGCACCAGUGGACAGCUUGGCCAUGGUGAAAUAGUUGAUAGGAACACACCAAAGAUGAUAGAUGCCUUGAGCUCGGACGGAUCAGCUUGCAAGCAGCUGGAGUCAUCAAAAGCAGUCCCCAUGUCAGCUAAAGUUUGGGUCUCUCCAUCGGAGAGAUACGCCAUCGUCCCUGAGGAGAAGGCUGGAAAAAGCAAUGGGACAGAGACUCGUGUGCCCCAGGGCGAAGUGAAGAGGAUGCGCAUCUGAUCAUUCAGCACAUAUACGAUCUUCUUCUUCCACUUAGUUAACCCUAGCAUUAUUAGCAGCAUUAUCUAAACAACAAAUAACAUUGUGCCUCAUCUCAACUCUAAACUGUUGUAGUAACAUAUGCAGAUAUGCUGCCACAAGUCUUAAUUAGUGUGUUGCGUUUUAUUGCUUAAAAUAAUCAGCAAUAUUACUCCCGGUGUCCAGUGAGUCAGCUGGCAGUUACUGUAUGACAGCAUGCGUAUGAACUGCUACAGGUACUAGUACCAAUGUAUAAAAAAUAAUCAGUCAGUUUAUUAGCCUGCUUGUCAUUGCAAGCAAAAGAUUGAAUAAAAUAGUCAGUUUAUUAGCCUGCUUGUCAUUGCAAGCAAAAGAUUGAAUAAAACGAAUGGGUAGACAUAUAUUUAAAAGUUAACGAUGUCAAACACAAAAAAAUCGUCGGGAGUACUGAAAAAAUUGGCAUACCUCCUGCCAACCACAUUGUUUAGAAACCAUACAUGAGCUUGUAGUAGAAAAACACAUCAAAAGUCAAUACCCACAAGU